AUGAAGCUCUGGCUUCCCCUGAUAGCCUCAUUGCAGGUUUCAACCGUUUACGGCUGCUUCCCUACCAAUGAACGUCAGGUGCAGUAUGGUGCUCAAACAGUGCAGUUUCAACAGCCUCCUGCUGUUGCACAGCAGCAGUCUUUCCCUGCCUUUGCUGUUCCACAGGCGAGAGUUGCCGCUGCAGGCCGAGGUCCAACGGCUCCCAUCUCAACCAGAGCUCAGUACGGAUUGGGUGACAAGGUCACGCUCACUGAAUUCGGUGCCGAUGGAUACAAUGCUGAGGGUGGAGGACCUGUAAAUUCCGGAAGUGCACUCACGUGUAAAUUCGAUGGACGUCCAUGCUGCUGGGCCAAUGUCCCUCCACCAGACGAUCAGCUAGACUGGCAUGUUGGUACCGGACCUAUAAACACGACAACGUGGAGGAAUGCUCCCUCUCCUCCUGGUAGCUAUCUGGUAGCAUACGCUCGUGGGGCUGCUCCAUCGGACGAGGCGCAGUUCGCUUCAUGUUCUAUAGGCUGUUCGGCCAGCGACAUCACCGUACGAGCUAAGCACUGGACGUCAGAGAACGUAUUAUUGCAAGUGUGCCUUCGCGAGUCCUUCCCCAAUGCCGGCGUAGUGCACAAUCCUUUGCUCAACUGUCAAGAAUUCCCUGCAUCCGAUGGAUUGACUGCCACUGAACUGGUACUGCCCAAGACCUCCUUGGUCGAUAUUGUCUUUGUCGCUUCAAACUUCAUUGGAGAGAGCGGCGAUGUUGCCAUUUUGAGCGAUAUUGAGGUGUCAUACGACAGAAACGGCCCCGAAUGCGAGGAACCAAAUGAUGAACAGCUACAGAAUGCUGUUUCGCAGCCGCAACCUCCACCGCAGCCCCAUCCUCAGCCACAAACGACAAACCGAGCGGCAGAGACACAUCGACACGAAGCAGCUCGCAGCCAGCACGAGUCCCGAAAGUCUGCAGUUCAUGGUGAGAAGACCCUAGCAGGAGAAGAUGACGGAACAGCUCAAGAGGGAGGAUUGGAGGAACAGGCGAAGCUGGCGGAAGAAAUUGAGAGGAGGGCCAAAGCAAUGAGGGCAAAGGCUGCAGCAGCGGAAACUUCAAAUGCGAAACCUGCUUCGGAGCGAUUUGGUCAAAACGGAUUCCAGGGAGGGCAAUCGGCGUUUGGAGCUCAAAAGAAGAUAUCCACCGAAAGUCUCGGUCACGAGAUUGAAGAAACAGUUAUACAGAGCACAAAGACGUCAAAAGUAAAUGGUCAGAAUGUUGCCAAAGGUACAAAAACACAGAAAUUCAGCGAAUCUAUCUGCACAGCGACAAAAUGCGACUUCGAGAGCGGAAGCACCUGUCAUUACAAGGACGCAUACCAAUCCCAGUCGAUUCGAGGCCUCACCACUAAGUUCCAGGUUGUCAGCGGGCAGUUCAUGAAUAGAGUUACCGGAGUGAAAGAAAGCAGCGAAGGUGACUACUACGCAGCUACCUUCUUGUUCCCGCGUGAAAUGGCCGGUCUUGAAGCGUCUACCGAACCUUUCACGGAAAAAUCACGGUUACGAUUCCAGUACUACGAGGGCACUCAUGGAGUGCAGCUAAAGGGAUGCUGCAGCUCCAUCGAAACCUGCCCGUUCAGCUCUGACAAAUUCGUAACAGUGUCAGACAGAGUUUGGAAAACUGCUAGCUUCCGGUGUCCGAAGGGAACGGAUAAGGUUAUAUUCCUGUGUGAAAACACCCGAACGAACCAAGGUGCUUGUGCGAUAGAUGAUCUGGGAAUGGUUGAAUCAGAAGGUUCUCUCAAGGAUGUUCGACCUCUAUGUUAAAAUAUCACUGAAUGACAGCUCAACCUGGCCAUAUUUUCUUCAUUUUAUCUUGUUUUGCUAUGUGCAAUAUUGUUUCAGAUGUUUGUUUUCUAUUGGAGAUUAUUCUUAAGUUAAUAAGAACUUGUUAUUGCUCACUUCUUUAUCGUAAUAAAACCCGUUACGUAUUGUAACAUAUCUUAAGCUGUUUGAUAUGUCGACUCUAGAGGAC